GUUCUCCUCAUCACAAGCCAUCGGCCAAAACUCUUUGAGGCAAUAUGCCGAGCGCUUUCCAUCGUCUCACGUCUCCCCACCUCAUCCGAAAGAAACCACCGUCGGCGGCUAGAAAGAAGAAGAAGAAGAAGAGAACAGGUAUCCCCUUCUCCAAACCUCAACCAUUAGAACACCAAGUAGCCGAAGAAGAAGAAGAGGAGGGGAUGGGGGAAGAGCAGGUGUUCGGGUUUAAGCUGAAGCCCUCCGCCUCGUCCCGUCUCCACGCCAUCCAACCUCUCGGCAACCUCCUCCUCCUCGGCGACGCCUCCGCCUCCGCCUCCGUCAACGCCCGCGACCAUGGCCUCGGCAUUCUUCGCGCCCUGCCUGACGACCUCCUCCUCGACGUCCUUGCCCUCCUCCCUGCCCGCGACCUCGCCGCCCUCUCCGCUGCCAGCCGCUCCCUCUACGUCUUCGCUACCCACGACACCCUCUGGCGCGCCCUCGUCCUUGACCACUUGCACGGCAACUUCUCGUUCCGUGGCUCUUGGAGGUCCACCUUCCUCUCUGCCGUUAGCUCCCAUCCUCCUCCUUCCUCUUCGGCUCUCGUGAUCAGGAAUUUCUACUCGGACUACCUCUUCCAGAGCUGGCUCUGCGCCAAUAUCGAGAUGAAGCCUGAGUGGCUCGAGAUCGACAACAUCGAGAGGCGGCGCGGGAUCUCCGUGGAGGAGUUCAUCAGCCGCUACGAGGAGCCUAAUAAGCCGGUCUUGCUGGAAGGAUGCCUCGACGAGUGGCCGGCGAUGAAGGGGUGGAGCCGGGAACGCCUGGUUCGGAUCUGCGGCGGCGUCAAGUUCGCUGUGGGUCCUGUGGAGAUGACCCUGGAGCGGUACUUCCAGUAUGCGGACGCCACGAAGGAGGAGCGACCGCUUUACCUCUUCGAUCCCAUGUUCGCUGAGAAGGUUUCCGAGCUUGGGUCCGAGUAUGAGGUCCCCAAUUACUUCAGGGAGGAUCUGUUUGCCGUAAUGGGGAAGGAGCGGCCGGACUACCGGUGGAUAAUACUUGGGCCCGCGGGCUCAGGAUCGUCGUUCCAUGUGGAUCCGAACUCCACUUCCGCGUGGAACGCGGUGAUCAAGGGUUCCAAGAAGUGGGUCAUGUUUCCUCCGGAGGUCGUACCCCCCGGAGUGCAUCCGAGCCCGGACGGAGCUGAGGUUGCCUGUCCGGUGUCCAUCAUGGAGUGGUUCAUGAACUUCUAUGUGGCUUGUAGAAAAUGGAAGAAGAGGCCGGUCGAGUGCGUGUGCAGAGCCGGGGAGGUAGUAUUUGUGCCUAAUGGAUGGUGGCAUCUGGUGGUCAAUCUUGAGGACUCCAUUGCCAUUACACAGAACUAUGUGAGCCGAAGAAAUCUGUUCAAUGUUCUGGAUUUUCUUGGCAAGCCCAAUGCCAGUGAGCUUGUCUCUGGAACCAAAGAUAGGGUGAAUCUGUACGAGAAGUUUCGAAGUGCUCUUGAUGCUUCCUAUCCCGGAAUGAUCGAUGAGGUCACAGCAAAAGCCGAAGAGAAGAUGGCUCAGAAGAAAAAACCAUCAUUCUGGGAGACUGUUACUGAUACUAAGGUUGGAGGAUUCAAGUUCUCCUUCUAACCCAUUCAGAUUAAAGAUUAGCAAGAAGAGAACUCCAGAGAACUCAGUUCAUUUCUCUACAUUUAUCCACUUCUUUUUCCCUUUUGUAUGAACCGUCUGAUUGACAACCAUGAGGAGUUUUGUGUUCCUUGUAAUGCCAUUUAUUUCCUAAAUAUAACUCAGUUUUGUACUUGAGAUUUCAUAUAUGUGCUUCACUUUA